GUCUAAUUAUAAACUAACAAGAAAAAGAGUUUCUCAGUUUAUUAACUUCGUAAACAAAGAAAUUCUUUUUGAGCUGGAUUCAUUUGUCUAUAUCUGCAAAGAGUUUAAUUCAUUUGAUAAAGUUUUAACGCAUAAAGUAAAAGAUUCUUGUUCGCUAAUUAUUUUUAGUUUAAACAGAUGUGUUUUUCGUUAAACUUAGACAAAUUGACUUGAAUUUAAAAUGACAUAAGAAACUUAACAACAAUCAAAAAAUCUUUUUACAGAAAAGUUAAAAAAUAACUGGAAGAGCUUGAAGUGAUUUUGAAAAUGAUUUUGUAUAUUUAUUUAUUAACUGUUGUGGCGAUCACAAAUGCUGAAAACACACGGGACGAAGUUGAGUUGAUAAAAAAUCUUAUUAGGGCAGAACAUUCAGAUGCAUUGCCAAGACAUCCUGGACAACCUGUAAAUAUGACAUUUGAUAUUGCAUUGCAUCAACUUUUGGAAUUGGAUGAAAAAGUUGAGAUACUAAUGGUUGUUGCAUGGAUUCGAAUGUUCUGGCAUGACCCGUUUAUGAUUUGGAAUGCGACUGAAUGGUCGGGCAUAAAUAGUGUGACAAUCUCUCCAGACAAAAUUUGGAAACCUGACUUGACUCUUUAUAACAACGCUGAAAAUAAUUUCCAAGGCUUUGAUCAGUAUGGCAAAACAAAAAUUACAGUUUAUAAUAAUGGCGAAAUUGUGUGGUUUAUACCAUCUGUAUUACGAGUUUCUUGCAAGCUUGAAAUGACAUACUUUCCAUUUGAUGUCCAAACUUGCCCUCUCAUAUUUGGAUCAUGGUCGUUUGACCAGGGAAGUUUAGAUAUUCAUCUAAAGAAUUCAACGGGGGACUUAACUCAAAUGACAAAAAACGGAGAGUUCGUUAUAGAUGAUUUUAAAGCCUCACGUAAGUCUUUAUUGUAUCCGUGUUGUAAAACGCCAUACGCAGUGUUGACAUAUAAUGUUACGCUACGCCGACGAGCCAAGUUUUAUCUCUUUAACCUUAUUCUUCCUGGAGUUUUAAUUGCAUUGCUAUCGUGUUUUUCAUUUUUUCUUCCGCCAAUGUCUGGCGAAAGAACUGGAUUAGUUAUAACUAACUUUCUAUCGUUGUCAGUUUACAUACUUAUAGUUUCGGAUUCUGUACCACCAAGUUCCGACACUGUUCCUCUACUUGUCAAAUUUUACACCAUCUUGGUUACUGAAAUCGGACUUGCUUUAAUGGCAAAUUGCGUUGUGAUUUCAUUGGUUGUAAAAACAAACCCGGUUCCAAGUUGGGUGCGUACUGUUUUUCUUCAAAACCAUUGGAAAAAAUUAUACAGUAUUUUACGUUCUAUGCUAUCUGCAAAAUUUCAUCAUAAAGAUUCAGAACAUCACAAUAAGAAUAUGGAAAGAGAAAAUAACAAAUUAAAUGCCACACCUUUGUUACAUACAGGUUUUAACCAAAAUGAAACUGUAAAUAUAGAGGAAACGGAACAAAAUUCUGUGCAAGAUACUACUUUCAGUUCCCCUGAGAAAAUAUGCUAUUUAAAAAACAUUAGCGACUUUUUUGAUAGGUUUGCUAAGGAUGACGAAGUACGUAAAGACUGGGAAAAUGUAGUUAAAUCCAUUGAUAACAUUUGUUUCUUGGUAUUUAUAACUGUAAUUUUAGCAAGCGUAAUUUUAGUGUUUUCAAAAGGUCCACAAAUUAUCUUGUAAAUAAAUUUAAAAAUAUUUUCUCUCUUAAA